UCAUAUUUGGGUUCUUAGCAUUAUAAAUUAAAAAAUAAUUUUUUUAUUAUUAUUAAUGGUGUUGGAAAUAAUAUUAGAAGUAGAGAUGUUUUAUGAAACAUUCACAAGAUGAAAGAGGCUAUACUGCGCAUGAGCGUCAUAAUCAUCCGCUCAGCACACUGAAUUUAUUGUAGCAUCAGCAUCUGUCGCGGUUUAUUUAUAGUAAACAAUGGAUUUUAUGAAAGAAUCGAAUAAGAAAACUCACCAUUUAAUGUUGUGAGACGAAACAUUACAACUCACAGUGAUUAAUGUUGUGAGACGAAACAUUACAACUACACAGUAGUGCUUGCUAUGGUUGGAGUUUCCUAAACAAACAAUAUGCUUGGUUCCCUUUUUUGGAAAAAAGCUCUCGGGCCGUCGCUGCUUGAUCUGUUUUUCAUUUUCUUCAACUGCAUCAGCAUUGCAGGUGUAAAGGUUAUUGGUCACGAUACAGCAGUCAUUUAUGGAGAAAGCGCCUUUUUGUUAUCUCAGCUGACUGAGUCUAAAGACGAUCUUGCUCGUAUCAUAUGGCAAAAAAAGACAAGAGAAGACCCUAAAGAGAAGACCUUCUUUAAUAUUCGGUCCGAUGGCAAAACAGAACAUGUAAAUGGUUUAGGGCACAGGGUAAAAUUCAUUGGGAACACUGCAGAGAAAAAUGGAUCAAUUCAGCUACAGGAAAUGAGGCUCCUGGAUGAAGGGAUCUACACAUGCAUCUUCGUGCUUUAUCCUAGUGGGACAUUUGAGACAAACAUCAAUGUUACAGUUCUUGUUCCUCCUGUAGUUAACAUACUAAAGGAGUCACCUGUUGCUGGUAGGUUAGAGGUUACAUUGUCAUCAUGCUUCGCCUCUAAUGCACGACCUGCAGCAGAAGUAUUCUGGAGAUUAGGAGCUCUGAAUAUCUCAGGCAUGAGGACUGAAACCAAUCAUACAGUUCACCCAAAUGGAACAGUUACUGUUGUGUCCAUCCUACUUGGUGUACCAGUCAAACAUCUGAAUGAGAUGAAGGUCCAAUGUGUUGUAAAACACAACAGCAUGACAGAGGAAAUUGACUCCACAAUAAGCAUCCAUUAUCCUCCAGAAUCCGUGAUAAUAGUUCCUGAUUUCAGUUUAACAGAAGGCAAAGUUUUUCUCUGUAAAGUUGAUUGUAACCCAAUCCCAACCUACAUCUGGACAAGCAAAGAAAAUAAAAGUUCUCCAAAUUAUGAAGACAGCAAACUUCUAAUUCCCAAACUGUCCUCUGACUUCAAUGGCUUGUACAUUUGUAAAGCUUCAAAUAAGUAUGGAAGUUCAUCAGGUUCUCUGUAUUUGCAUGUGCAUACUGAAUCCAGCACUUCUUCUGCCUGUUGGGUUCUGUUUGGUAUUACUGUAUUCAUCUGCUCUGUUCUUGGCAUUGUUGUGCUCAUAUGGAGAAAGGGGCUCUGGGAUACAAUUCAGGAGAGGUUUCGAGAUUUGUUUCCAGACAGGAUUCAAGUACCUACAGAUUCCCCGAAUUCAGGAGACGCACAGAGGGAAGAACUCUAGAUCUCAAGAAAUACAAGAUGAGGACAGGUGAUGAUCAGAUUCUGCUAAUGCCCAGGUGCCCUCCAUAAAUAUCAGUGGUUACUUCACUGCUGUGAUUUGUCAGUGUUUGGCUGAUAUUCAUGGACCAUUUUGCCCUUGCUGCUAGAUGUCGUAAGGAGACCAUCUGGAACCAAAUGCCUCUUUCAUUCACUGCUCUUCCAAAGUAGACGUUUUAACUUCUAUGCAAGCAUUUCAUUUUAUUUUGGCAGAUAUAUUACCACUGGCUGAUUUUUAUUUUUUAUUUAUUAUAAUUUAUUUUGACAUUGUUUUAUUAUUAUUAUUAUUAUUAUUAUUAUUAUUAUUAAUAAAAGUGUUUAAUUUAAUUUAUCUCUGGAACUUGCUAGUUGAGGGCUUGAGACUGUGCAUGUUCUUGUGGUGUCAUCUGCCAAUCUGCAUCAUUAUGAC